AUGGCGCUCACAGAUGAGAAUCGAAGGACCUUCUUGGCACAGAAUGUUAGUGCCGACUUGGUUUAUCUUUGGGAGGAGCUGAAUGUCUCUCUGCUACACCAGUACGAGUUGGGGCAGAAUUACCGUUCCAUGGUCAGGUUCGCUGCACUGGCCGACACACGGGCUGGUGCGAGAGCUGCUUUCGCCAGUGAUGUAACGGUGGAUCCGGACACUGCUGCCGGCCGGGCGGCUCUGGCAGGACUGGUUGCUGCCUGGCAAUCCGCUCUGGACACCACGGAGCAUGAGAGAAAGCUCAAGGCAGAGGCACACGUUUUGGGGUUGCCAAAACCCCUUCCGGCCAAUGAUCGUCUGGCCAUGCGUGUAGCUCUUGAAGCUUCUUUAGGAUCCUUGGAAGAUCGUGAAGAACCUAGCUCAACUUACCUGGCAUUGAAAAUGGAGGAGGUUGAGGCUGGAGAAAUCAAGGCUUCGCUCUUGGAUGAAGUUACUUGUACAGUGGAUGAAGUGAACGCCAACUUCCAGUCGUCCGUGGACUCCUCCGGCAGGUUGCGCCUCACUAAGGAGCGCAAGAAGGCCAAGCUACCGACCGGGUCUGAAGAGCUCCGUCAGAGGUUGCGAGUGGAGGCUCACACAUUUCUGAUGCUUGCCGCACGCUUUCGCAACAAAGCAUGGUUUCAGGGCUUGAGCUCCAAGGAUUUUCUUCUGCAUGUUGACUACGUACUGGGCGACAAGAUCUACUUGUUGCAGACAGUACGUCCUGAAGGGGGUCCCGCUAUGUCUUGGGCGAAUCCUUCUUGGCAACUUGUACUUAACUACGAACAUCGCUUGAGAAAGGAGGCUUACAAGCAGGCCAGCCGAAACAAUCGAUCCUUGACCGACACACUCAAGGAGGCCAGGGACAACGCCAUGCUCAAAGAGACCUAUUUCGUCGGGCCCUUGGCCAUGGAGAUGGCUUCGCGUGCAUCGUUCUCAGCCGGGCCGCCUGCAAAGUUUCAGAAGAUUGAUGGGGCGCCGCCGCCGCCAACCCCUGAUCCUAGCUGGGACCGUGAUCGCAAAGGGAAGGGGAAGGGCAAGGGCAAGUUUCUUGGUAAGCCUUCCAAGAAUGGCUUCGUCUUCCGCAAGACUCCUGACGGUCGCGAAAUUUGCUAUGGCUACAACAAUGGGUCUUGUCCGGGAAAUUGUGGAUUCUUGUAUCUCUUCGCUGGGCCUACCCGCCAUUCGGAUGUGAAGAGCUACCUCGUGGAGCUUUCCCGGAAGCAUGAUAUCAACCUUUUCGGACUGGAGAUUGAUCUCACUCGCAGUACAGGGCAUGAUCUUCGGUCAACAAGUUUGUGGGCCACGCUGUCCGAGCUUCUUAAGGAAGCCGAUGCCGUUGUGCUGGCCCCUCCUUGCAACACCUUUUCGAGGGCGAGGGCGCGCUGGAGAAUAUCUCCGGGGCCACCGCCCUUACGUUCACUUGAGUACCUGCAUGGCUUUCCUUGGUUGUCUGAUUCCAACAGAAAUCUUGUUGAGGAUGCCAACUUCCUUGUUUCAAAGUCCUUUGAGUUUUGCCAGCUUUGUGUCGAGGCUGGCGUAGCCUUCAUCAUUGAGCACCCAGAACAGUUGGGAAAGGUGCAGCACAUGAUUCCUGGGUCCAUUUGGGACAUGGACGAUAGCAAGCAUCUGCUCUUGUUCGAAGGCGUGGAAACCUUCGCUUUCUUCCAGUGCCAGUGGGGUGAUGCUCUCAGUAAGAAGCCCACCCGGUUUAUGGCUUUCCAUGUUCACUGGGACUCUUUCACCUUCUUUCCUGGUGCUCAUCGUCUGGCUUCGGAUGGCUCAUAUGCAGGACCUCUUCCUCGCCACUGUGGGCAUGUACAUGAACCUCUUCUUGGGAAGGAUUCCGACGGUGAUUGGAAAACUUCGCGAUCUGCUGCCUAUCCUCCUAAUAUGUGCCAUUGGCUGGCCGCCAGCUUGCUUGGUCUUCGCGUUGGGGGGGGUUCUGCAGCAAGUGGCGCCCGCAUGACGACCUCCCAAAAUCUAGCUGCUGCUGUUUUGCAGCCUCCGGAGCUGUUUGAUUGGCAAUGGGCUCCCUGGUCCUUGGCAAAGGUGGCACUCCUAGGGGAGCCCUCAUGUUCCUUGGAGAGCAAGUCUCGGGAGAUCGCCAUGUCUGGUAGAAUUUCUCAGGCGGACAUGUUUGCCCUUUGCGACCUGAUCUCCGACGAGGAGACAGGCCGAGGACGCAGGCCAGGGGAGUUGCCUACGGAGAAACUCUUUACCAGCGGGGCUUACGUUCAUGGCGGUGUCUGUGGCUUGCGCAAGCACUGCCGGGCCUCUCCUUGGACAACCGCCCUGCUGGCUUGCAUCAUCAACUGCGUUUGUCCUGGCUCUAAGUUCACUUCUGUCUUGCUGGGCAGGGACAUAAAGACGGGGCCGCAUAGGGAUGAGAACAACGAACCUGGCAGCCACAACAUCGUAGUCAAGGCUGCCUCCUUCUCGAGGGGCGGCCUGCUGCUGGAGGACGAGACUGGUGACCAGGAGAUGAUCGUGAAUGGUCAGCUCCGGCAGUUCAGGGUGUUGGGGUUUGUUGAGGGGUUCCUAAAGUUCGACCCUUCGCUCUGGCAUGCUACCGAGGACUGGGAAGGCACUCGAAUCGUGGUCAUCGGUUUCUCGAUCAGGGAUCCGCAUAAGCUUAAGUCCGAGGAUCAAAUUUUCUUGGAACGGCUUCUAGGUGAUGAGGAUCAUGGGGACACGGGGCCUACACGCUCUACUUCUUCAAAGGUCAAGUCCCCCGACAUUGAAUACCCAUUUCACGGCUACAUGGAGGCCGCGAGGAGCUACAACUACGGGGACCCACUCACGGUUAGCUGGCGAGGUCUGCAUCAAUCCAUGUGCGACGGUUGCGGACUGAACAGCCCCGGAAGGUGGCGACCGGGGUCCCGAGGUCUGGGACUUCCUUGGGAGGCGAGUGAUCUCGCGCAGAGGAUUCACGGACUGCUUUUGAGGUUCGUCUCGGAGAACAUUGAUGACACCAAGAAGGCUUUCUUCCGUUUGGCUCUGGGCAGGAUGUCUUCGGCCCCCUUCAGUCCGGAAAGCAUGGAGCACUUGCGUGAUGAGUGGUUUCGGCUGCUUCCUGACUCCAAGGCCGCCUCUAAGGUGGCGGAGGGCCAACCAUUCUACUUGGAGGCGCUUUCGCAGACUAGUCGGCUUCUUGGGGAUGAGGACUGGGGGAUUCUGACGAGGGAUCCGGAGAACUACGCUUCGGGGCGCAAAGUGGGCGUCGACUCACCCUUCCCGAGGGUCCCUCUGGUGUUCCGGCCGAAGAAGAAGUGGAGAGACUAUGAUGAUUCACCUUAUCAGGCGAUCAACGCUAACUACUCCUCUGCAGCUCUGGUUCCGGAUCAGUUGGAGGCACAGUUCGAGGAAGAAGAAGCUCUUGGUAUGAUGUUUCCUUUGAGCGAGGCUGAGGCACGGAAAAGGUUUGGAGACAAGCUACAUGUGGCGUCAUUAGGAGCCAUCAUGAAGGACGAUGGCACGGUCCGAACCAUCUUUGACGGUACCCACUCCGUGAAGCUUAACAAUCGGAUUCGCAUUGAUGAUCACUUAGAAUUCCCUGGACCAUCCUGCGUGGGACGUGCCAUGGAGGAGAUGGAGGACGAUGGUUAUCAUCUGCUGAUUGGGGUGGCCGCGGAUGUGGCUAAGGGCCACCGAAGGUACAAACAUCGCUCGGAGGACCAUGGCUACCUCGGCUGUAGGGCGCGCGAGGAUGGUCCCAUUUGGUUCAACCGGGUAGGGACCUUUGGCAUGGCAUGCGCUGCCUAUCACUUCGCCAGGCUUGUUGGGCUCAUUGGGAGGUGUGCACUGACAGUUCUGAUGACGAGCCCGCUGUUCCAGUUUCUCUUCGCUGAUGACUUGAAGUUCUUCAGUGGGGGUCUCCAGCUGGAGUCAGAGGGGAGUAUGCAGUGCCCCAUCUUCUCUUCGCAAGCGGAAGGUUAA